GGACUAUAUUGUCCUGCGCGAGAUAGCCUGCGGCUGCGCCCUUGUGUAAGUUUUGAAAAAAGAACAAAUAGAAGCGCCGUUUGAAGAUUCUGAAUAUGUAGAGUUUACUACCGGAGCGGGCUCUUUCCAAAAUGAAGCUUUUGCUGUUUUCGUUCGUCGUGUUACUCUUCUGUGGAGGUGGACCGGCGACGAACAUAUUUUUCGUGAAGGCGGACCAAGUACAACUCGACCAAAAACCGCACCCCGAGCUCCACUUUCGCGCCAACCACACAAACACCGACCAGCUCAACGCGCGAAUCGUGGUUUUCGAUGCACCAGGAACAACUGCGGCGCAGCUGGUGCAUCAACACGAUAGAUUUGAAGCAGCGCAACGAGGAAAAAGUGAGAACGCAGCGUCUGCUUCACAACUGAUCGUCGGUGCAGGCACGACGUCGGGGGCUGGCAAAACUACAAGUGCAGCAUCUACGACGAUGUCCAGUGUGUACGACAUUUCGUCUGGGCGCAGUUCAUCUUCUUUGGAGGAUAACGACAAAACCUCCAGGCAGAACCGGGAGUGGACCGUCCUGCACGUAACCGACGUACAUUUGAACAUGCCUUUAACCGAUAGCGACCGGCCGUUUAACCAGCGGAUGGACAACGCAUUUCGGAACGCGCAGAACGUGUAUUUGACGGAACCAACAGGUCGUGUAGACACUGACACAGCUGCUCCAGCUAGCAGCUCGCGAGCGCGGACCAGUAACCCCCGCGAGACGUUUCAGAAGUUGCUGGAUUUGUACAAACGAGAAAACGCAGACCUGCUGCUGCUCGGCGGCGACCUGUUCAACUUUCCCCAACCAAACGCGGUGGAAUGGGUGCUAGAAGAGUUGCGGAAACACGAUAUUCGGUUUCUCUACACGGGCGGCAAUCACGACUUUAUGACCGAGGGAAAGCCCCAGGAGCCGCUGUUGUUGCAGAAGCAGACUGCUUACGAAAACGUGUUGAAACCGCUUCUGUUUGCCAGCUUUGGACAGCCGGUUGUGGUUGCUGCAUUUGGAGGUCGGGGCGGGAGCAAUGCAGUGCAUACGCAUAAUUCGGACACAUCACGAAAAAAUGAUCCUCUCGCGACGCUGCCUGGAGGAGGAGGAGCAGCUAUGGCAUCAAGCAGUCCUUCUAAAAACGGCGAAGCUAUUGCCGCUGGUGGAGCAGGAGAUGCAGAUGAAAUGCUAGAUCAAAGUGGCUCGUUCAGUGGGGCAGGACGGGCUCCUCCUGCGCAACUGGUGAAAAAUCUGAUGCUGUAUCACCACCACCGAAACAGAAACGCGACUGCAGAAUCACUGCGAAUGAACAGAGGAUACUUUCGGAGAGGCAUGAUUGGGAGUACAACUACCGGUAGUACACGAAAUUCCCCAGAGGCUGAAGAAGACGGACAGCAGCUUGUUUCUGUUGAUAGGAUACAACGACCGGGGGAACAACAACAAGCCGACAUCUACUUGCACACUGAGGGAGGUGUAGUCGACGAUCUUGGUGCAACUAGCAGUGCAUCAGCGCAGGCACAGCAGGGCGAUAUGGUUCUUGUAUCUUCAUCUCCGGACGAUAAUGCUUAUGCUUCCACCUACCCACCACCGGAUAACCACCUGUACAGCUUCCCAAUAACGACAGUGGAAACGGAGUCCCCAGUGUCCGUUGCCGAGCUGGGUCCCUUUCUGAUUGUAUGAAUUGCAAUACUAUCGUACUCGUAUAAAUGCAUUGAAUGCAUGAGAAAUACAUAUUUCUCAGCGUGAGAAAAAAAAUUUGUAAUGCGGAUUUACCUUGUAACAAAAGAUUUGUAAUGCAAGACUUGCAAUACGAGUGCGAUACUUUUGCACAGGAUAGAUUGUCGCGAUCGACAACUCGGAUCUGCAAGUGCGGGAGGAGGCGAGACAGGCGGUGGUGGCACAGUUGCAGCGAAACCGGCCGACCCUGUUGCUCAUGCACUACGGAUUGCAUGUAUUUAUACCUAUACCUAUUCGUUGUUCUUUAUUACCGGUAGGUACCACGUGCAUCGGUGUCAAGGAUGAAGUGACACGUCGGCCACGGCGACUCUCAGAUUAAUUUAGAUACAUCUAUUCAUGAUUGAAAAAACUCAAAUUCACCAGGCGAAUCCUGACCUGGUCCAGAACCCUAGCGGCGCGCAGCAGCGGACGCAGUUCAUCCUCUGUGGGGACCGGAAAUUCGGUUGGGCCCACGACACGGGCUACAACGUGGAGAAGCGGGAGCGGUGGCCGAAAAGCGGCAACCUCCCGUCCACCGAGCGGUUUGCGCGCGAGAUUUUGGCCGACUACCUCUCGCCGAAGGGUCCGGUUGUAGGGAUUUUGUCCGGCCACGAGCACGUCCACCGUGUGGACGAACUGUCGCCGCACGCUAAGUAGCAACUGCAAAAGCAUCGUAGUAAUUUUUGCGGUGAUGCAUGACAUUGACAAAUCCUCUCUCUUAGGUAAAUCAGCAUAUACAAACUUGAAUUUUCUUUCUGGCAAAAUCGUUUAUGCAAUUUGUACGAGAACGAGUGCAAUAGCAAUAGCGAUCCUUUUGCAAUGCAUACCGAGCAGUACGUAGCGCUACCGGCGUUCCAGGGCGGCUACCGGAAGGUUGUGCUGCAGGACGUGCGGGCGAGGAGGUGGAGGAGACGAAAUCGGCAGGCUGCGCUACGGGCCAGGGCGGCUUUGGACCAGGGAAUAAAUACAGUGGCGAUAUACAACUAGAAGUAGGGUAACGAGGGCCUCCUUUCGUUCACACGACGAUGGCGUCCGUAUGGGUAAGUACUACUGCGCCUGAUCAUACAUAAGCACGAGGACGAGCGCAUUUUUGUGUUGAAACUAGACGGCGCCCGCUUUUGCAAUUGAUGCGAGGAAGACCAGCAGCCGAAGAUGAUGAAACGAAGACUUCCUCCUUCAAAGUGCGCUAGGCAACAAGCAGGAAGUGCCAAGUAUGCCCGGCUUCGGCUAAACCUUGUGGAAAUCAAGCUUGAAGCAAAAAUGUUUAUAAAAACACGACUGACGUCGCAAAUUAGGAACAAAACCAUCCUACUAGUCCGUCAGAGACAAAAACAUACUGGCGUUGCAAAUACUAAUAGGCGUGUCCAGAAGGUGAGGCCUCUGCAGCAGUGGCAAGUGAGUUCGCUUUACUAGUGCGCAAACAGCACCAGAAAGACGCGCAGCGAUUUCAAGAACUGCAGUCACAGACGAAGAAGAAAGAGAUGCU